AUGCGGAGAGUGAAGGGCAGGCAGCGAAGGCAAGGCAGCGAAAACGAGGCCUUUGGCGGCCACGAGGCCCAGGCAGGCUGCCCGGCCGACUUCUGCUUUUCUUCCCCUGCCCUGAGCGGUCGCAGCUUUCGAUUUCUCUGCCUGCUGCAGCCGCCCUCAAAGGAGGGGCGCCCUCGAGCCAGGCCGGGACGGAGGUGCUAUUUGCAGCCGAGGAGCGCGGCGAGGAGAGGCGCCAUGGCUGCCGGAGGCAGCGAGGCACCAGUGAGGUUUGAGGACGUUAUUCUUUAUUUUUCCAAGAAGGAAUGGAAGACGUUAGAGAAGUGGCAGAAGGACCUGUAUUGGGAAGUGUUAAGAGAUAACUAUGAAGCUUUGCUCAUUGUAGGGCAACCAGUCACCAAAGCGGACGUUCUAGCAUGGCUUGAGCAGUGUGAACGUCUGGACUUCAAAAGAACUCAGGAAUCCAGAGACCCUGCUGAAUUUUUUUGUGCAACACAUGACCCAUUCUCAAAGAUUUCUUGGAAAGAAUACACGGAAAAGGUGGGACUUCUCGAGAUGGUACGUGGCACGGCUAAGGAAGACACGGCCCAAAGUGGCAAUACGGGGGAAACUGCUAAGCAUCUGCCGAUAUCAGUAACACCGCAAGGGAACCCUAUGAAAGAUGAGCCUCUUCCACACACUGAAUACGAAAAGAAGGAGCCGCACAAGGAUGAGAAACCCUAUAAAUGUUACCAGUGUGGGCUGCUGUUUAGAUUAGAAGUGAAUCUGGAGGUGCAUUACAGGUACUGCCACAAGGAGCGGCUGCUGAAGUGCAAGUUAAAUUCCACACCUGAGAUUGAUGCGAAGGAAAAGCUUGAGCAGUCCACCUUGGGAAGCAGCCAUGAUGGCUCACGGAGUUCACAUUCUCCCUUGCAAACCUCCUCUGCUCAGCAUGCUUGCUCAGAGUGUGGGAAGUGUUUUACCUUUAAGUUCAGCCUCCACAAGCAUAAGCGAAAGCACAGGGCCGGGAAACACAGAGGCAUGGCAAAGCACGGCGGAAGCGUGGGCUCCGUGGGUAGCUUUGGUGGCCCUACCAUGGCUCGUGUGACAAAGAAGCUGCACAAAUGCCAGGACUGUGGAAAGAGGUUUGUUUACAAGUGGCAGCUGACGACUCACCUGAAAAGCCACGCGGAGGGAAAACGCUACCUGUGUCAUCACUGCGGGGAAAACUUUGCAUGCAAAAGUAGCUUGCUGAAGCACUGCCAGAUGCACGCGGGAGAAAGGACACAUGAAAAUGGCACGCUGCACCAGAAGGACGCUGCCCUGGCCCCAAAUCAGAGAAUGCACAGAGAAAAGCAGCUCUAUCCGUGUGGCCAAUGUGGCAAGAGGUUUUCAAAGCGCUACCUGCUUGAUCAUCAGGCAUUCCAUGAAGGACGGAGGUAUAGGUGCUUUCUGUGCGGGAAGAUAUCCAACUUCAGGAGUGUGGCUAUUUCACAUUGCAGUAGCCACUUUGAAAGGGGGGGUUCCUCUACACGUGCCGCAUGUGAGGAGAAGGGGAAAUCCAAGCUCCUCUCCUGGAUGAUAGACACAAUUUAUAUUGCUCCAGGGACACAGCAGCGCAAUCAGGACAGAACAUGCCAGCUUAGCACAGAUGUUCAGCCAAAGUGCCUGGACGCAAAGCAUGGAAAGAGGACCCCUUCUACGAAUCACCUUCCCUUCAAACAGCAUGUCCACUCGGGAGAGCAGCAGAGGGUAGCCCAGGCAGAGCAUGAAAAGGACCAUAGUCAGAAACCGAAGCUUAAAGCAUGCCGGAAUAGUUUGCCAAAGCCUUUCAGGUGCAGAGAGUGCGGCAAAGACUACGCCCGCUGGGGUAGCUUGAUGACACACCGCAGGAGGCACAUGGGGGACCUCCCUUUCCAGUGUGCUGAAUGCGGCAGGGGCUUUGUCCACAGAAAUCACCUCAAUAUACACUGGAAAACCCAUGCUAAAGAGAGUGGGGCAAGCUCUGGAGCAGGGAUGGCCAACACAGUGCCCUCCAGAGGCUGCUGGACUACACCUUCCACCAUCAUCCCUGACCUGAUGGGAGUCCAGUAACAUCUGGGGGGCACCAUGUUGGCUACCCUUGCUCUGGGGAAAGGAGCAGCGCCUGCUGGCACGAUAUCAUGCAGGAAAGAGAGGGUGGAUAGAUGAAGAGUGCCCACAGCAAGGCUUGGUGAUUCCAUGGGAACAGGCUCCAGACACUUCCAUAACUAGGCAUGCCUUUCCUCUCAAUACUGGAACAGUGCCUCCAGAGGCCCUUGAGUGAAUAGCAGGAUGCCUCCUCAGACCAUGCUGCAAUGAAUGAGUUGGAAAAAGGAGUGAGUGGGACUCAUCUCACAUCCACACCACACAUUUAAAGCACAUGGCUUUCCCCAAAGAAGUGUGGGAGCUGUAGUUUAUCCCUCGCAGAGCUACAAUUCCCUUGACAAACUACAAUUCUUUGGGGGAAGCCAUGUGUAUUAAAUGUGCUUUGAAAGUGAAAGUGACCCUAGUCUGCCCAGUCCUUCACCUGGGUCCUCCUCUUUUCCUGGCGUACAAACCUCUUAGGUCACCCCCUCUCCAAGCCCCUAUCAAUAUUGUUACAGAGCAGGGCAGCCAUAGAUCUGUGCCACUAGUGGUUGAUUUCUCAAUGCACAGCAUUGGCGUAACUCAUGCCCUGAUCACCGAUGAUGAACUCUGUGAAUACUAAAUUUUAUUUCUUAUAUUGUAUUUUAUUCUAUGAAAUUUAAAUUAUAAUACCAUGAACUGAACUGGACUGCCUUCAAGUCAAUCCCGACUUACGGCGACCCUAUGAAUGGGGUUUUCAUGGUAAGCGGUAUUCAGAGGGGGUUUACCAUUGCCUCCCUCUGAGGCUGAGAGACAGUGACUGGCCCAAAAUAUAAUACCAUACAAGCGGGAUGUCAUACAAAUAAAAAUUGUAUGACAUCUAGCACAGUACAUUACACUCAGUUACUGUGCUCUGCAGAUGAGGGCUUCCAGCAGAUCUCUUCCACAUAACAUAUGAAGUGGAUCUUUACUGCUGUGGCACCUAACUUUUGGCAUUGAAAAUGAAAAAUGAAAUGGACUGCCUUCAAGUCGAUUCCGACUUAUGGCAACCCUGUGAACAGGGUUUUCAUGGUAAGCGGUAUUCGGAGGGGGUUUACCGUUGCCUUCCUCUGAGGCUGAGAGGCAGUGACUGGCCCAAGGUCACCCAGGGAGCUUCAUGGCUGUGUGAGGAUUCGAACCCUGGUCACCCAGGUCGUAGUCCAACACCUUAACCACUACACCACACUGGCUUUUGGUAUUCCCUCCCCUUAAAUAUUAGACAGGCGCCGUCUCUGUUUUUUCAGCACCUACUGAAGACCUUCCUCUUUCAACAAGCCUUUUAAAGGAGAGGCCUUAUCCCAAUCUGCAGCUGGAUUUUAAAAAAAUUUUUUUAAAGAUGCUUUGUUUUUAAGAUGUUCCUAAAGAAGUUUUGUUUUCAAGAUGUUUUUAGACAUUUUGUUUUUAAGUUGUUUUUUAAAGAUAUUCUUUAGUGUUUUAUCACUUUUUGUUUACCACCCUGGGCUCCCUUUUGGAGGAAGGGCAGGAUAUAAAUUUAAUAAAUAAAUAUUAAAUAAAUUGCAAUUGCUACAACAGGUAGAAGAAUAAGUUGUCUGCCAAGACUCUCAGCAAUUUUCAAGAAGUCCGUGGAGGAAAAAGGUUUGGGAACCACUGGUUUAAAAGACCUACUGAUACUGAAUGGCUGCUUUAAGAUUUAAAUUGCAUUACAGAUGGGUGUUCAAGGUCCAAGCUAUGUGUUUUCAUCCAGAGGUUCAGGGAGCAAAACAGCCAUUGGAAAUCUUCCUGGUGCAGAUAGGAAAGCUUUGCAGAAUGCCUGUUUUAAAUACUUGAAGUCUGUACAUUGGUUGGAGAAGGUGGUUUUGAAAUUGUUAAAAUAAGUAAAUAAAAUUAAAUGGAAGGACAGUGAGAAAGCUGUUGCUAUGAGACCAACAAAUGUCUUUUGUUUAUGAUCAGUCAUGUGAAAUAACAGGAAGGAGCGGGAGACUUAACGUGCAAGAUGACUCUUAAACAUGAACUUUUAAUGGGUUAAAUCCCAAGCUUAAAUUUGUUGUAUUUAAGUCCCAUCAAAAUAAAUGAGACUUGCAAUUAUGACUAAUUUAUCACAUCACUUUUCAGUGGGACAAAGUUCAGCAAAGCUUGUCUGGAUCCAAGCCAGU